AUGAAUCUGAUGACGCUACCGCUGCUAAUUACCAGCAUCUUGCUGCUCAUUACUCCUCCGAGAGGUUUCGUCACAGCUUCCAGCGACCUUGCAGCUGUAACGGCUCUCCGGGAGUCCCUGGGCAGCUCCAUCUCCGCCGCGUGGGUUGGCACUAAGGUCUGCGAGAUGCCGGGCAUCCUCUGCGACCCAGACACCCUCCGAAUCACAGACAUCGUCCUCCGCGCCGGCGAGGGCUCCGGCAGCUCUCUCCUAAACUCGAAGCUCCACUUCGCUGGCAGAGGAUGGGCCGGGCUGAUCUCCGACUCAAUCUGCCUGCUCGACCAGCUCACCACACUCAUCGUCACCGACUACUGGCCCUCGAUCUCCGGCGAGAUCCCGCCCUGCAUCUCCUCCCUCUCGCGCCUCCGGAUCCUCGACCUCUCGGGGAACGGGAUCACCGGCGAGAUCCCGGCGGGCAUCGGGAAGCUGAGCCAGCUCGUCGUGCUGGAUCUCGCCGAUAACCAGAUCUCAGGCUGUAUUCCUCCAUCAAUCGUGGAGCUCAGCAGCCUGAAGCUCCUCGACAUCAGCAACAAUGGGAUCUCCGGCGAAAUCCCGUCGGAGAUGGGGAAGAUGAGUAUGCUGAGCCGGGCGAUGAUGAGAGGGAACCUGCUCGCCGGCUCGAUUCCGAAAUCAAUUGGGGCUCUGUCCAGGUUGGCCGAUUUGGAUAUUUCCAUGAACCAGAUAUCCGGUUCGAUUCCUGAAGAAAUCGGGUCGAUGCCGGUUUUGUCGGUUCUCAACCUUUUCUCCAACCAGCUGACGGGCGAGAUUCCGGCUAGUCUGUUUGGGAACAGGGGUUUGAGUUACGUGAAUUUAAGCCGGAAUUCGCUACAGGGGAAUUUGCCCGAUAGUUUUAGCGUCGACAAUUAUUUUCUAGUGCUGGAUUUAUCGUCUAACAAAUUGACAGGUGAAGUUCCCAAGUCUAUUAAGACAACUCUUAGAUGUUGUAGAUUUUCGCUAUUAGAGAUUGUCUUUACUCGGAAUCUGUUGGGCUGCCGGAUUUCUUCUCAUUGGACUUCGAGAAGCUCGUCAAGAGCGUCACCGGGUGCAGCACGUCGCAGACGGUGGUUGUUGGGUGCAGCAUGGACGGAUUGUUGGGAGAUGGCUGCAUCGGGGUUGCGGCUGACGGAUGGUGAUCACACGCAGUGGAUCUCCGGAGCGCGCGAAGGUGUCGCACGACUGCAUAUAUUCGCUGUGGUGAUCGACGACGUCGUACGGGUUGCGGUUGGUUGCUGCGGCUUGCGUGUGGUGGUCGACGGCGUCGGGCACGGUUGUCGUGGGGCUCGUCGGCGACGAUGA